AGGUGGUGUUGGGUGGAAGCAUGAAGGUUCGGCGGACAUCCACGGAGAUGAAAAUCGGUGGAGGAGUGAGCAACUGGCUGGAACGCGCCUUCAAUGACAGCGAGUGUGUCAUAGUUCCCGGUAAUUCCGACUGCCAGAUCAACGCCACCUUAACCCUCGGCAACUUUACCACCCCCAUCAUCAACUCCACUUCCACCGUCCUGCCACCGAGUCUGGGUUUCGACGACAACGCCAUGACCGACAUCAUCAUCUACUCGGUGAUGUUCGUGGUGGCCGCCGUCGGAAACCUCACCGUCUUCAUCACCCUCUUUCGUAACCGUCACCGGAAGUCUCGCGUCAACCUCAUGAUCAUGCACUUGGCGGCCGCUGAUCUCAUGGUCACCCUCAUCAACUUCCCACUCGAGGUCGGCUGGAGGAUCACGACACAGUGGGUGGCUGGAAACCUGGCGUGUAAGCUCUUCCAGUUCCUGAGGGCCUUCGGCCUCUACCUCUCGUCCCUGGUGCUGGUCUGCAUCAGCCUCGACAGAUACUUCGCCAUCGUCCACCCGCUCAAGGUUAAUGAUGCUCAACGACGUGGCAAGAUAAUGCUAACCUUCGCCUGGUCCAUAGCGGCUGUGUGUUCCCUCCCCCAGAGCGUCAUCUUCCACGUCGACACUCACCCGGUGUUCCAGAACUUCAAGCAGUGCGUCACCUUCGGGUUCUUCAGACGCAUGGAGGAGAUGACCUAUAACCUCUUCUGCCUCGCCGCCAUGUACUUCAUGCCCCUCCUCGUCAUUAUCGUCGUCUACUAG